AUGAAGAAAGGAGUGCACCCACAAAAGCAAUGGAUUUCGUAUGUUACUCAAACCGGCAGAUUGAUGAACGUGAUGAUGACAAAGAUACACCCUGUUGGUAAAGUCUACCACUUUCGAGCUAAGCGUCAAAUGGCUGAGAGUUUGGGACAGAUUGCCAAGUUCAGACGUCGGUUCGGGUUGGAAAAUCCAGAGGCCGGUGAAAAGAAAUGA